AACGGGAAGGCAACUGGGGAGGGAGCAGAGAGCAAGGAUUACCCAUGUAAGAGGUCUCAGCUCCUGUGGCUAAGAGGACCAUUUUAAAAUAGAAUUUUUCUUUAUGUUUCUGUAAAAUGAGAUAGUUCUUGCCAGGCAUUAUUCCGGAGCAUGAUGUAGUGCCCUGAGAGAGGAGACUGCCAAUCUUUUCACUCAUAAAGGCAGCGGAAGGGGGGUGGAAACGUGAUUAUCAGGAAUGCACCGAGCCCGCUCAUUCAUUCAUUCAAUUAGAUAUUCAGCAUCUCCUGAGAGCUCAUUUGUGCCGGGCACUGUGCCAGGUACCGGGACUGCAAAGCGAAAUGAGACAACGCCCAACACUCACAAUUAACAACGAUAAUUAACAAAAAUUAGCAGAACCAUCGUGAGCCUGGGGAAAACAGAUUAGGUACUGUGUAAGCUUGCCACGCGUCUCUCUGGGAAGGCAGACUCCGAAUUCAAACGCGGGAGAAAAAGAGGCAGGGACCCCCGAAAUAGUGGCAGGCAGGAGGGAAGGCCAGGGGGAAGAAGGAAGCUUCUUUCCCCAGGGAGGGAAUCUGUCAAGGCCACGCAAACGUUUCUCUGAGGCUGAGAGAGAGAAGAGGUUUGUUUUUCUUUUGGGAAAAACGGAGCCCUUUUCCCCACUGGGCUCGAUUUCUAGUAGGAGAAACCCCGCCUCUUUGGGCCGUAGAUUGGUCCAACUCUAUUUCAGAUAAUUUAUGCCAGCAUCCUCUGUGUCUGAUUGGCUCCCCGGCUCAAUUCCGCUGGGAGUCGCAUCCUACCUGGCUGGGAGGUGUACUGCCGAGCCACACUCAUUCCCACCGUACUCUCCUGGCUGGUGCUGAGGUGGAGAAAAAGUCCUAUCUUGGAGAACUGAGCGGCAAAAGCGAUCCUGAUGGGUUCUUGGAAAGCUUUUCUCUUCUCUCCCUUUCUUCUGUGGAGUCAAAGUAGAGUGGUGAGGCUCAUGUUCUUGUUACUGACCCUGCAUCUGGGAAACUGUGUUGAUAAAGUGGAUGACGAAGAUGAUGAGGAUUUAACAGUGAACAAAACCUGGGUCUUGGCACCAAGGAUUCAUGAAGGAGAUAUAACACAAAUUCUCAACUCAUUGCUUCAAGGCUAUGACAAUAAACUUCGGCCAGAUAUAGGAGUGAGGCCCACUGUAAUUGAAACUGAUGUUUAUGUAAACAGCAUUGGACCAGUGGAUCCCAUAAAUAUGGAAUACACAAUAGAUAUAAUUUUUGCCCAAACCUGGUUUGACAGUCGUUUAAAAUUCAACAGUACCAUGAAAGUGCUUAUGCUUAACAGCAAUAUGGUAGGGAAAAUUUGGAUUCCUGACACGUUCUUCAGAAACUCAAGAAAAUCUGAUGCACAUUGGAUAACAACUCCUAAUCGUCUGCUUCGAAUUUGGAAUGAUGGACGAGUUCUAUAUACUCUAAGAUUGACAAUUAAUGCAGAAUGUUACCUUCAACUUCAUAACUUUCCCAUGGAUGAACAUUCCUGUCCACUGGAAUUUUCAAGCUAUGGGUACCCUAAAAAUGAAAUUGAGUAUAAGUGGAAAAAACCUUCUGUAGAAGUGGCUGAUCCUAAAUACUGGAGAUUAUAUCAGUUUGCAUUUGUAGGGUUACGGAACUCAACUGAAAUUUCUCACACAAUCUCUGGGGAUUAUGUUAUCAUGACAAUUUUUUUUGACCUGAGCAGACGAAUGGGAUAUUUCACUAUUCAAACCUACAUUCCAUGUAUCCUGACCGUUGUUCUUUCUUGGGUAUCUUUUUGGAUCAAUAAAGAUGCAGUACCGGCAAGAACAUCACUUGGUAUCACUACAGUUCUGACUAUGACAACUCUGAGCACAAUCGCCAGGAAGUCCUUACCUAAGGUUUCUUAUGUGACUGCGAUGGAUCUCUUUGUUUCUGUUUGUUUCAUUUUUGUUUUUGCAGCCUUGAUGGAAUAUGGCACUUUGCAUUAUUUUACCAGCAACAAAAAAGUAAAGACCACUAGAGACAAAAAGCUAAAGAAUAAAAGCUCGAUGUCCCCUGGACUCCAUCCUGGAUCCACUCUGAUUCCAAUGAAUAACAUUUCUCUGCCCCAUGGAGAAGAGGAUUAUGGGUAUCAGUGUUUGGAGGGCAAAGAUUGUGCCAGCUUCUUCUGUUGCUUUGAAGACUGCAGAACAGGGUCAUGGAGGGAAGGAAGGAUACACAUACGCAUUGCUAAAAUUGACUCCUAUUCUCGAAUAUUUUUCCCAACAGCUUUUGCCCUGUUCAAUCUGGUUUAUUGGGUUGGCUAUCUUUACUUAUAAGUUCUAUUUACCAGGCAAAAAUCGUAAGAAGUUUAACUAAAUCCAAUAUAAUCUAUUGCAUUUCAGUAAUAUGAAGUUUAAAUUUAAAAUGCAGAGAAACCAAUGGUUAAAAUGUAAAAGCAUUGUAACUAUUCUACCGAUUCAUAGGUAAAUAAAGUAGCAGCUUUCAUUUUAAUUUACUUAAGUAUAUGUAAAAGAGAUUAGUUGCAGAAUUAAGUAUAGUAAAAUACUAUCAUAUAUUUUUACUUUAAUCUUAUUUAUUUUACUUGUAUCUCAUUAGGAUUUUGAAUUCAUAAGUUCUGUGAUUCAUAUUUUAAAGAUGGAAUACUUUAAUAACUUUAGUAAUAUUUUAUUUAAAUACAAUCUAUCGUUGUUUGUAAUAGGAACUUAACCUUUUGCCUAAUGUUAUGUAGUAAUUUUUUGCUUAGAAAAUGUUGUUAUUUUGAUUUUUUUUCUUAGUUUUUAUUUGUAUGCCCUGUUUAGAAUAGAGCUAAUUAAAACCAUAAAGCCAAGAUUUCCUGGCAUUUAUAUCCAGAUGUUUUACUCCCAAGAACAAAUUAAAUUAGAAUAAAAGACCAAUUAUUACCUUAUUAAAAGGCCAAUUUUUAUCUGUAUUUUAAUCGAAUCCAUUUCCUGACACAAUAUUAAAUAGUAUUGUAGUUACUUCAGUUUUGGUGAUUUACAAACUAGGAUGAAAACCACCAAAGUAAUUUAUAUUUUAAAUAUAGAUGAAAAAGAAGUUACAUUUAACCAUUUUAUUCCCUGACUCACAGUAUUUAUGAAAUAUGAAGAAGUUAACACUGAAAUAUUUAGACCUACCAACACUGAAAUUAAAUACAGAAAGAAUUGUUUUUUUUUUUUUUUGCUCUACAAAAGUGUUAUGUUCCCUAAAUUGAAAAAAAAAAAAAAAUGAAGAACAGUGCUUGUAUUCACUCAUUGUGGGAAAAGAAUUAUUAUCUAGCAAAUUGAGUAACCAUUCAUAUUGAGGAUAUGGUCUUAAAUAUGUACAAUUAAUAAUUGCCAGACUAAAAGCAUCCUAGAAAUAUAGUUUUAGGUGUGUGUCACAUGUUGUCUUUGCCAGCUCCUACACUGUCCAUUUUAUAUCUAUGUUGUAAAUUGUUAUGAUGUUCUCUUAGAAAAAAAAAUGAAAGCAGGCUCAAAGAUCACAUUAAAAGUGGAGUUCUGUUCGAGGUCCCUCUGAGGAACAUGAGUGCCGCAACUUUCUACACUCUUAGAGACAGGAGCAGAGAAAGGCACACUGUUGUGUAAAGCCUGUUGUUUGGUAGUUUCCCAAAUGCUUCUCUCGUUAUGAGGAGAGUUAAAUUUAGACUUUAAUCACUACAUUCCUGUAAAUAGUUAAGCCCAUCUGUUGUUUAUAAGAACUCCACAUUCAUUCACCACCACCUAAUUUUGGGGGAAAUCACCAAAGUGAUCUCGGAGAUAACCUUUAAAAAUUGUUUCCAUUGCCAAGAGCAAGUAUGAGGAUAAGAAGUUUUGUGUUCAAAAUUAUCUUAUGGUAUGUGAGCUAGCUUAUGAGCUAGCACCUGUGCAUUUGAUACUAGUUUUUAAUGCAGUAGUCCCCCACAUGAUUAGUGAAUACAUGAAUGAGGCUCUGGCAUGGUUAUGCUUAUCUUUAUAGAAUAUAUAGGGUUUUUAAAAAAUCUAAAUACAUUUCAUUGUGCAUUCCUCAGCUAUGUCAGAUUUAUUUUUUACUUUGAUUAUAAACUUUUCUGAAAAAAAUGUAAGCAUGAAUUGAGUGAUAAUGCCCCAAUAUCCACCGACACUACUUUUUUUGAAUGGAGAGCCAAAUCAAACUUUGGCCAUGUAUAUAUUCACUUAGAAAUUAUUCAUGCAUUCAUUUUUAUAACUGAGUAUUGAUGGAUAUUCAUAAUGUGAAGAUUCCUUUAUGGAUAAAUGGAAAAUGAAGUAUCCAUGAAAAUAAAACACAUCACUAAAAUGUAUUAUGGCUAUUUCCAUGUUCUAAGCUAUAACCUGUUCAUUUUCAUGCAGGAAAUUUUAAUUCUGAGAUUCUUCAACUAAGCAUGACUGUAUUUUAAAAUACUUUAAAAUGCUUAAUAUAAAUAGCUUUCAUUUUCUCAUUGGUGUUCCAUUAACUUGGCUUUAAAUGUUGGCAAUAUUAACAAGUGGAAAUAAAAUUAAUAAAAAUAUGAAAGAUGCUUUACUACAUACAUUCAUUGUAUACAUCAUCAAAACAAGCACUUUGUUUACAAGCAAGUGAAAUUUUAAACAGUUUUAUUUAAAUAUGUAGGUCAGAAAGAGAGGGAUACAAAUCAUAGUAUUUCUAAAAAUGGGAAUAAAAAGGUGAUGAUAUGGAUAGACUCUGUUUAUAAGAAAUCAAAUUGAACUUAUUUUUAAAGGGAAUGCAGUCUAAUUCCUGUCCCUCUCUUCUUUCAAGAAAAAAAAAAAACGAAAUUAAAAAAAAAAUCCUCCUUUCAGAGUUUUAUCUGAAUUUAUUGGACUCACUGGAAUUUGUGCUUCUUAGCUGCUUUAAGUGGUUUCAACACUAACAGACCAAAGAAGUGGAUAUAAAGGUUAGGAAAGAUAAAUGGAGCAGAAGGAUUUAGAAUCAUCUGGGAAAACGUUAAUUCAUAGAUCAAUCCUUUAAAUAUGUGACCAAGAUCUACAAGUUCUGACAAGGGAAAUUGUGACUGGAACAAUUUUAUUCUCCUGAGUUUACAAUUGCAAUAAAUAAAAUAAUAUUUUAUUUAUUCUUGAAUUGCAUAGAAAAACUUAGGCACACUUGAAAUUAAUUCCUAAAAUGCCAAGUAGUUUCUGAGGGAAAAAAAGAAGAAAAAAAUACAGGCAGACAGACAAAAAAGAAAGAAAGAAAACAAAAGAAAAAAAAACACAAAACAAACAAGCAAAAAAAAAAAAAAACCCAAAAAACUUAGCAUUCCUGAGAAUUUGGUAGAGAAAGGACAAAUUCCUCAGUAAAUCUAGCUAAGUAUGAAGUUUUAAAGAAAUAGAAAUCAGUUUAUUGGAAGUUUUUUAAGUUAAAGACAUAGCUUUCUUUAAGGACUUACUAAAACUGAUCAACUAUAGGCUAAAACACAGUAAAUGUGUGUAACUAUACACUCACCAGGUUGUUUUUUCCUUUAGUGUUCCCAUAUCUGACAUUAAUUUAUAGUCUUAGAAUAUGCUACAAUUUUGCUGAACUGAGGGUUGCAUGUUUGCCAGUGAUGUAGCAUCAAAAAGAAUGAUUGAUAGUACUCUCACAUCAAAAGACCCAUACUUGUAAAAUGUGAAAUUGUAUUCCAAGUCAAUAUUUUUUUUUGUUUUAAAAGAUUUUAUGUAUUCAUUUGAGAG